AUGGCCUCCGCAUUGUGGAACUACCUGGGUCUCCGCGAGACCCCCACUACCCCUACCAAUGAGGCCGUGCGAGCCCUGCCGGCUUCAUGGUACACCUCGCAGGAGAUGUUCGAGCUGGAGCGACGCGCCAUCUUCUCCCGCAAAUGGCUGCUGACCACUCACAAGCUGCGUCUCCCCAACACUGGAGACUGGCUGCAGUACGAGGUGUCCGGCUUCAACUUUGUUCUGGUGCGCGACAAGGAGGGCAACAUCAACGCCUUCCACAACGUCUGCCGCCACCGCGCUUUCCCCUUGGUGACCGAGGAGAAGGGUUCCGCCCGCAUCUUCGCCUGCAAGUACCAUGGCUGGUCCUACGGCCUCAAUGGCAAGCUGGCCAAGGCCCCUGGCUACCAGGACCUCGAUGGCUUCGACAAGAGCAAGAACAGCCUCCUCCCCAUCCACGUGCACCUCGACGCCAACGGCUUCAUCUGGGUCAACCUGGAUGCCGGGGAACAGCCCGAGAUCUCGUGGGACGAUGACUUCAAGGGCAUCGAUCUGCAGUCCCGCUUUGCCGAUGUCAAGUGGGAGGACUACACCUUUGACCACACUUGGGAGCAGGAGGGCGACUACAACUGGAAGAUCCUGGCCGACAACUACAACGAAUGCUACCACUGCGCGACUACGCACCCCGACAUCCCCGCCCUGGCCGACUUGGCCACCUACUCGGUCGACACCAAGGAUGGCGGCAUCAUCCAUGAUGCCCACUCCAAGCCCGACCAGAUCGCGGCCGGGCUCCGCAUCGCUAGCACAUACUACUUCCCCAAUGCCUCCAUGACUGUCUCGCCACACUUUUUCUUCAUGCAGCGUUUCGUCCCGCUCUCCCCCACCCGGUCGGUGAUGAAGUACGAGGUGUACCGCAACAAGAACUCGAGCGACGAGGACUUUGAGCUGAUCAACACCAUGUACAAGCGCAUCAUGUCCGAGGACAAGUAUCUGUGCGAUCUGACCCAGAAGAACCUGAAUGCGGGAGUGUUUGUGAACGGCGAGCUGCACCCGAAGAUGGAGAAGGGCCCCUUGUAUUUCCAGAAGGUGGUGCGCGACGUGGUGACGGAGCACUUCCAGCGCGAGGAGAAGGAGGGACAGGAGUACUGGCCCGCCCGUCAGCGGGUGCCCAAGGAGGCGGCAACGAGUGCGCAGGACAUGCAGUUCUGUGCCAACCUGGGGUGUGGGGCCGGUAAGGAAUGCUGCUCGAAUAUCGGGGCGCAGCCACCGGCGGCGGUCGCCUGGUGA